CUGGCUUAACCCCUCACCACCUCAACGCCACUCGAAUGGAGGAGACACCUUUAAAUGCAUUCUCAUAUCGCCCACCCAUUUGAAGCGACAUCGGGAGGGAGGAGAUGUUGAUGACCAGGGGAGUCUCCGACGUCUUCCUCGCAGUAUCCGCCUCGGCCUCUUCUCGAUCCCCGGCUCCCCCGGCCUUAGCGACGGGGCGACGGCUCUUCUCGGCGCUUCUCCCGCCGUCGUCCUCUCUCUCCUCCUCUAACCGCCACUUCGGACCGCGGCGACGGCUCGGACGCUGGAGUUCGACCAUGGCCGCGAGAGCCGCGGCUCAGAGGCUGGAGAACGUCGACGAGCUCAUCGAAUCUGUCGAGACCUUCCUCUUCGAUUGCGAUGGAGUUAUAUGGAAGGGCGAUAAAUUGAUCGACGGGGUGCCCGGGACUCUUGAUAUGCUUAGAUCAAAGGGGAAAAGAUUGGUUUUUGUGACUAACAACUCCACAAAGUCGAGGAAGCAGUACGGGAAGAAGUUUGAAACUCUUGGUCUGAGCGUCACUGAGGAGGAGAUCUUUGCAUCAUCUUUUGCUGCGGCUGCUUACUUGAGGUCCAUCGACUUCCCUAAGGAUAAGAAGGUAUAUGUGAUAGGUGAGGAUGGAAUCCUGAAGGAGCUAGAGCUUGCUGGAUACCAGUAUCUUGGUGGUCCGGAAGAUGGCGAUAAAAAGAUAGAGCUGAAACCUGGUUUUUUGAUGGAGCACGAUCACAAUGUUGGAGCAGUUGUGGUUGGAUUUGAUCGCUACUUCAACUACUAUAAAGUUCAGUAUGGAACACUUUGUAUACGUGAAAACCCUGGGUGUAUUUUCAUUGCAACAAAUCGUGAUGCUGUAACUCAUCUGACUGAUGCUCAAGAAUGGGCAGGUGGAGGUUCAAUGGUUGGGGCAAUUUGCGGUUCAACCCAACGGGAGCCACUUGUUGUGGGAAAGCCCUCGACUUUUAUGAUGGAUUACUUAGCAAACAAGUUUGACAUUCUCAAAUCUCAAAUAUGCAUGGUAGGAGAUCGGUUGGAUACCGAUAUACUAUUUGGGCAAAAUGGUGGCUGCAAAACACUUCUUGUACUCUCAGGUGUUACUUCUCUGCAAAUGCUGCAAAGCCCCAGCAACUCCAUACAACCAGAUUUCUACACAAACAAGAUAUCAGACCUUGUCACUCUUAAAGCUGCAGCAGUCUGAAUGAGAAGAAUAACUUCAUUUGUUAUUGUUUUUAAGCUGCAAAACAUUGCAGUCCUUUAUAUUAUAUACCUAUAUAUGAACCAAAUAUGAUUUUUGAUUGCACAGGAACAGUUCUUAUAGAUUAUGAUUUUUCUUUUUCUUUUUUGACAAGGAGUGAUGUAUGGUUCAUAGCCUAAUAUGCAAAUGAAUUGACCUGGAUUUAACCCA